UUACAGUACGGGAUUCUGCCUGAAUGGCUCAGUAUCAUCGUCGCAAAUCAUGGCCAUUGUCUCCAUUCAGACUACGUCAUAGCCUUAAGAGAAGACCCUGGGCGUUAUGAUACUGAUUUUAACAUAUCAAGCAAUAGGGUUGUGCUCACGUUUCGGGGAAUAGAAAAAACAGCACUCGGAUAUUAUCGUGAGGCUUGCAGCGGAAUAAUCAGAGUAGUGUCGAUUGGGAAAACUGACAAAAUAAGUUUAUUGUUGUAGACUUUGCAAACAUAGCCCCUGUUAUUCAGGCGAAGUUCGUUGAACAUACAGCUAAGUACUUACUUCUAAAAGAGAGCUCUAUAAGCUUUUUGUUUGUCAAUAUCUGUAAACAAAUGCUACGAGUUUUACCUGUGAGUACAGACGUUAAGAUAUCGAAAUAUAGUACCGUGAUUGUCAUGGGUCAAUAAAUGAUUUUGUUAUACACCUAAAAAGAUUUCCUAUAUAAAACUAAUGCGAUUUAGAAGUAACAUUUUUACUGUUAAACCAAUUCUCACACUCGUGGUCUAUUGACCGGUCAACAGUUUACGAACUGUUGACCGGGCAAUAGUCUGCUUUAUCUUUAUUGGCUAUGUAAGUCACGUGGUUCUCGGUCUGUUGCUUUGCAGAACAGAAACACGAAAAAUGUAAUUAUUGAUUAUCAAUUAUGAUGUUAUGUAGGUUUACUUUUAAACUAGUGGAUGCGUUGAUAAAUGUAUACAAUUUCUCUGUCACGUAAUGUUAAAAGUUCAAAGUCAACAAACCAUGCGCAUCUAGUAAAACAUCCUAAAAAUUGAAAGUGUAUAACAAAACAGUUAUAGACUGUGUCCUCGGACAACAGCUGUUUUGUUUGACCCUCGAACGGAUUUGUUGCCCUCAGCCUACGGCUUCGGGCAACAGACUCGUUCUCGGGUCAAACAAAACAGUUGUUGUCCUUGAACCCAGUCAAUAACUGUAUAGUGUCAGUUUAUGAAAAUCGAAGGUUUCACUGAUCAAACAUCUACAGCCAAAGUUUGAGGUGGAGUAAAUACACGCAGACUCAGUAAUCGUAACUAGCGACAUUAGGCUCAGUACAAGUACGGAUACUCUUUAUGCAAUAUAUAGGUAGAAUAUCAGUCACUUUGGUGUGGACGAUUUUCCUUUGAUAUGGUAUCCACAGUAAAACUGUUCUAAGGGAAUGAUUCCUACGUAAGAAUACGACCAUUCCGCUUGAAGUUAGGUUUUUAAGCAUACAAAUAGCAUAAGCUUUGUACUGAUAUUUACCGACAUCAGCAUGUUGAAAGUAAGUUGUGAGUGUGUAAUAUAUGUUGUAGGAACGAUGUGCCCCAAUGACUGGGUAUUCAUGAGGUAUUGGCAUACUGUGUACACGUUUUUUUUAGUACGCUAUAUGAUCUUUUUGUUCUUUUAUUUUGUAGAAAUGGAUCGCAUAGACGAAAGUAUAAAAGCAGCUGACCUAUCUAAAGAUGAAUCUCAAAUAAAUUUGGCAGAGCAAAAUAUGCAGGGAGAAAGAAGUGUGUAUGAAGAAUUAAAAGAGAGAGAGACUGGAAAUCAAUACCAGGAUCUCUCCACUAAAGGGAAUCAAGAAAUUAAAACGCAAACCUACGAGAGUAUGCAAGGACCCAGUGCUGACAAUAAAUAUGAAGAACUUUCAACGGUUUCUAAAAAACAAGAUCAGGGAGAUCAGACUUAUUACAACUCCCAGACGGUAACGCCCACUGAUGUGUACGUCAACACCUCAUUUCAGAACUAGCCACGUGAUAGUCAUGUGAACUGUAGAAGAUACUUACGAUUUCUUGUUGUUGUUUUUCUGGGUGUGUGUUCGUGGGUGAAAAUAUAUUACAGCAAGGCACUGUUUAAUGAACAAACUACUGUCAGUCAAUGACACAUGCGUUAUAGAUGUAAAUGAUUCUCUUUCUGAUGUACAAAAGUUAGAACUUUUCAAUGUUAUUCAAUAUUUUCUAAAUGAAUGUGACUGUCUUUCUCAAAAGAAAAUGAUUAUGUACUUUUUUAUUAUGAUACUACAUGUACACUCUGUAAACACAAAUAGGCCUAAUAUGCAUGCAUUGUAUUUCUUUAUUUAUUAUAUGCCAAUCAUUUAUUUAUUAUAUACCCAUCAAUUUAUCGUAUGUUUGAUACUUUUGAUUCCACAGAGUGUGAUCCGAUCUUCCGGAUCACCACUCUGAGGUUUUCUGAUUCUGUAUCAGUAUCAUAGGAAACUGAUGACGUCACAAUGCAUCAACACAUUUUUCUUUUGAAAAUAUUGAACGCGUCACAAACAAAACUGCGCACACAAAAUAAAUUUUCAAUGUAUGUCUGUGUGUUUGGUAAUUUGAUUACAAUUAAUAUCUUAUAAAUUUGGAUUUAGAAAUACAUAAUUGUGUUAAUGAUAAAUUUAACAUUACUACAAUUUCAUUAUAUGAAGAGUUGGAUCGAAUAUCGUUGACAGGCAUCGUGUCUCGUUUGAUCUGAUGAUCCGCGUCCGUCAACUCAACGUGAUCCAACUCUUCGGAUCAAGUUAUUGUAGUAAUGAUAUAUAUGUAUCCAUUGUAGAUUGGUCAUAAUAUAUGUCAAUUUUACAAAUCAUUGUAAUGGGAGAAGGUGAUCUAAAUGUUUGAACUUGUGUUUAAUCCUUUUGAUGUUUUUAUCAAUAAAAUAUGACCAAUUAAAUUC